GCGGCCGACUCCUCUGUCGGGGCUGAAUCGGACCGUGGCAGGCGAAGCCCCUCUCCGGGGAGUCCCCGGUGUCCCAUCAUGUUCUUUGCCUUAUUGGAGAAUUAAACAGACAUCUUCUGUUAUUGCUAACAAAAGUAUCCCAGGAUAUCACAAUUGGAAAGAUGCAGAAGACCUAAAAUUAAAUGGGAUUAUACUGACAUUUAAUCAAGCCACAAGAAUAUUCCUUGGAGUAUCCUGGAGUCAUGUUUCUUAUAAUGUAAAUUUGAAGAAUUUUCCUUUGUUUUCUUGCAUAUUCUGUAUCCAUCAACAAGCUUAAUUUUAUUUGGAAGAAGGACAGAUUUUCCAAAGUGCCAUUAAUGAAAAGGAAAGGGAAGAUUGUCACACUUUACUAUUCAAAUUCUGCAGUGGUAUCAGAGACUAAUUCUGUUCCUCUUUGGUUGAGUCCAUGAACUGAAGUCAGUAGUUUAAACUGAAACUGAGAAUGUUUGGAUCCUGAUUAGGGGAUACUUCCCAACCAAAUAAGAGGGAGCGUAGGAUGGCAUCCAGGGAGAGGCUUUAUGAACUUUGGAUGCUCUACUGUAAUAAGAAAGAUCCAGACUACUUGAAGCUCUGGUUGGACAAUUUUGUUUCUAGCUAUGAACAGUUUCUGGAUGUGGACUUUGAAAAACUGCCCACUAGGGUGGAUGACAUUCCCCCUGGAAUAUCUUUGCUUCCUGAUAACAUUCUUCAGGUUUUGAGGCUCCAGCUGCUGCACUGUGUCCAGAAAUUAUCAGAAGGGUUGGAAGAGCCACAGCAAGCACUGACACUGCUCCUAGUCAAGUUCUUCAUCAUUCUUUGCCGAAAUUUAGAUAAUGUGGAAGAGAUUGGGACUUGUUCCUAUAUUAACCAUGUGAUUACAAUGACCACACUCUACAUUCAACAGCUAAAGACUAAAACAAAAGAGAAAGAAGUGGCAGAUCAAACAUCUAUAGAAGAGUUUGUGCGACACGCGCUGGCUUUUUGUGAAAGUCUUUAUGAUCCAUAUAGGAACUGGAGGCAAAGAAUUGCAGGGCGUAUUCUGAGCACAGUUGAAAAAAGUAGACAGAAAUACAAACCAGCUUUACUCACAGUGGAAUUUGUCCCUUUCUUUUACCAGUGUUUUCAAGAAAGUGAGCAUCUCAAAGAGAGCCUCAAAUGUUGUCUGUUACAUCUCUUUGGAGCUAUUGUGGCUGGUGGGCAGAGAAAUGCUCUUCAAGCCAUCUCUCCUGCCACCAUGGAAGUCUUGAUGCGUGUCCUGGCAGAUUAUGAUAUGUGGGAUAACAGAGACCCAGAUGACGUGAGCAGGAAGGCUGAUUUGACAUUGAAGUGCCUGACGGAAGUGGUGCACAUUCUUCUCACUAGUAGUUCAGACCAGCGGCAAGUGGAAACCAGCACCAUACUGGAGAACUAUUUCAAGCUGCUGAACGCGGAUCAUGAGGCUUUGCCCAACUCAAGGUCCCGUCAGUGGGAAAGCAGGUUCAUUGCACUGCAGAUUCAAAUGCUGAAUGCAAUAACUGCUAUGUUGGACUGCACAGAUCGGCCUGUUCUGCAAGCCAUUUUCCUUAAUAGUAAUUGUUUUGAGCAUCUUAUUCGACUUCUACAGAAUUGCAAGCUAUUUUUAAAUGCUAAUAAUAAGUUGGCAGACAAGAAUGAGAAAGACCAUGCCAACAAAUUGCUGGCAGAAAUGAAUCAGGAACAGGUAUUCCAGGGGCAACUGGACCGUUUGGCAGUAUCAGCUAUUCAGGCUCUCACAGCGGUGAUGCACAGCUCUCCAGCUGCCAAGGAAGUGUUCAAAGAACGAAUUGGUUAUGCCCAUAUAUUUGAAGUUCUAAAAUCUAUGGGUCAGCCUUCACAGGAACUACUUGAAGAACUUCUGAAUAUGGCGGUUGAAGGUGACCAUGGAUCAGUUGGAAUGUUGGGCAUAAGCAACGUUCAGCCUUUGUUGCUGCUAAUCCAAUGGCUUCCAGAGAUGGAGUUACAUGAUCUCCAAAUCUUAAUUUCAAAUUUGCUGAAGCGGAUUUGCUGUAUUAACAGGCAGAGUCGUGCAAUUUGUGUCAACACAAACAUGGUCAUCCGUAUCAUUGAAACACUCAACAAGCACCCUCAACUCCAUGGAGCUUGUGCUGAGAAUCUGAUUGCCCUCUUGGGUUCUUUGGGGAGCCUGUCAGUGAGCUCUGAAGAACUGCAUGAACUGAUUCAGCUGCUAAGGACUAAGGACUCAAAGCUGGCUCAUCCGUACAUUGUUCCUGUGAUGCGUGCAAUUCUCACAAUGGCUCGAAAGCAAAGCUUGGACAACGCCUUGCAGUAUUUUGACUUGUCCCAUAGCAUGGCAGGCAUAGCAGUGCCGGCUAUUCACAAGUGGCCAGGUUCUGCAUUUGCUUUCAAUGCAUGGCUUUGCCUGGAUCAACAUCAAAUGAUUCCAGAUGCUAGCAGCAAGGGUGGCAAGAGGAAGCAACUUUACAGCUUUUUUACAGCUAGUGGGAUGGGAUUUGAAGCAUUCAUUACAUGUUCUGGAAUGCUAGUAGUUGCUGUAUGUACAAAGAAGGAGUAUGCUACUGUGAUGCUAUCAGACCAUUGCUUCUAUGAUUCUCUUUGGCACAAUAUAUGCAUUGUUCACAUGCCUGGGAAAAGACCCUUUGGUCAAAGUCUUGUCUAUAUUUAUGUAAAUGGACAACAGAAAGUCUCGGCACCACUUAGAUUUCCUGCCCUGAAUGAACCAUUUACUUCAUGCUGCAUUGGUUCAGCUGGUCAGAGAACAACUCUUCCUCCACCAUCGCAAAUCCCGGACCCACCCUUUUCAUCCCCAGUUAUACCUCCUCGGACUUCAUUUGGGGCGAUCCUUGGACCAGGCAGCUGGAGUGGCCUGCUGGGGAAAUCAGAACUUAUCACCAAGCUGAUCUCUGCAGGAACUCAAGAUAGUGAGUGGGGUUGCCCCACGUCUCUGGAAGGCCAGCUUGGCUCUGUUAUUAUAUUCCAUGAAGCCUUACAACUAUCUCACAUCAAAGCCUUAUAUUUGACAGGUCCAAAUUGUUUAACUCCUUGGAAGUCCCAAGAAUCUGAACUGGCAGAUUUGCCUAGCAAAAUACUUCUUCACUAUGCUCCUAAGGCCUGCAGAAGCCCUAUCUGUCUUGACCUUUCUGCAAAUCUUUUACAUGGGAGGUUAACAGGGAUCAAAAUAGUAAACUGGGACAUCAAGGAUAUGAUUAACUGCAUAGGUGGAUUAAAUGUUCUGUUCCCACUGUUGGAGCAUAUCAGUUACCUUGAUGGGCAGUUGCCUGAGAGGCCAGAGGUAGAAACUCUGCCCCAUGAAUUGUUGACACCUGUUGAAGGAGAUUGGGUUGUAUUAACAUCCACCAAGGCUUCAGAGGCUCGUUUGGAGAAGAAUAUAAUUGCAACCUUCAUCUUGAUGAUAAAGCAUUUUAUUCAAAGGCAUCCAGUCAACCAAGAUAAUCUUAUUCACACUCAUGGAAUUGCAACAUUAGGAGUCCUUUUGCAAAAGGUGCCCAGCAGAUUCAUGGAUGUGAAUGUACUAAUGGCAGUCCAGUUAUUGAUAGAACAGGUCUCUGUGGAAAAAAACGUACAGCUUUUGCAGCAAAUGCAUCAGCACCUACUUUUUGACUUUAGCAUAUGGAACCGUGGGGACUUCCCAUUCCGAAUUGGUCAUAUCCAAUACCUUUCCACAAUUAUCAAAGAUAGCAGAAGGCUCUUCCGGAAAAAAUAUGGUGUGCAGUUUUUGUUGGAUACUUUGAGAAUUUAUUAUGGAAACCACUCCAGGGACAGUGACUUGCUUCCAGAUGAUCUUAGGACAAUCAGGACAUCUCUGUAUGGUCUAAUCAAAUACUUCUUGACCAAAGGUGGGACACACAUGGAAGUCCAGAGUGUCAUGGGAUACAUAGCAGCCACAGGUGAUGAGGAGCAGCUCUUUGGGAUUCUGGAUAUGCUCUUCAGCCUGCUUAACACCUGCCCAACCCGAGAUCAGCUUUUCUUAUUGCUUUUUGAACCAGGAAAUGCAGACAUCCUUUAUGCUCUUCUACUGAAUCAGAGGUAUUCUGAUAGACUACAAGAACUUGUGUUCAAGAUUGCAGAGCAAAUGCUUAAAUGCACUAAAGUUUAUGAACGGAGCAAACAACGUAUGAAACUCAGAGAAGUUGGCUAUUCUGGAUUGGGUCUGCUCCUGAAUGAAUCUCCACUUAGCACUUCUCUUAUGAAGAACCUUUUCAACCAAGUUCUGCAUGCUGAUCCAUAUGUGAAUUGCAAGGACUUUUUAGCUGUGGUGCACUUGGCUCAUCGAGCAGAUCUAAACGUAAGAGUGGCUGCCUGUCGAAAGCUUUUGCAAAUCCUACAUUCCCAACAAGAUUCAGCGCAACAGAUUUCUCAGCAACUUGGGUGGCAGGAGACGCUGACUCGACUGUUCCUGAAAGAGCAUGCUGAUGUCAGGAAUGGUGUGAGGGACACUAAAAGCGACUCUACUAAAGGAGAUGAUAAGCGUGCUUCUGCCAAAGACCAUCAGCAGGGUCGUACUUCCAAGGCUGAUGGGGAAGAUGGUGCUAGUUUUGCAUCUGUCAAUGGUUCUUGUGAUCAGUGGAGUUUAGAAGAUGGCAAAUCUGUGACAGUGAUGGAAGAUACAUCUGUGAGGGAGAUGCCCUUUAGGCCUGAGGACCAGGAAGACUUGUGGCAGAAGAAUCUACAUUUAAGCUUAGACCUUUCAAGUGUUGACUCUUAUGAAUUGGGUGACAGUGGGAGCCAGAUGGCUGAUAGUCUGCCCAGCACCCCUUCUCCCAUAGAGAAUACAAAGACAUUUUCUGGACAGCUUGACAAGGAACCAAAUGCUGCAGAGGACCUGGUAUUUGCUGCUGAUCUUUCCUUAUUUGAAAUUCAUGAGGCAUGCAAAGAAGAUCUCCUUCAGCUUCUGACAGAUAUUUUGCUUUGUGUGAUGUGGAAAGGCAUUGAGAGAUCAGAUGAUGCAGCUUGGAUUGAGAAGGGUCAGGUUUUUUCUGCACUUACCAAAUUGGGCAUCUCUAAUGAAUUACUACUACCAUCAGAUGAGAUUAAACUCAAUUUGUUAGAGAAGAUGCUGGAGUGGGCAGUCACUGACACAAGAGAAGCCAAAUCCCCCCCAGUGUACACAGAAAAAGCUUUCCGACUCUUGUUCAUUGUUCAGGAUUUCCUGCAAGCAGAAGGUCUCGUGAAUUCAAGACUCUGGACAGAAAAGCUUUUGGAAGAACUGGUGACGCUUGUGGAUACUUUGUCAAUCUGGUAUUCUUCUGGUCCAGAAAAUGUGAAGCUCUAUCAAGUACAGGUCCAGCUGCUUCUUGGAUUCAUUGGACAAGAUAAUUUACAGGUUUGUGCAAUGGCUGCAGCCAAGCUCAACACCCUCCUUCAGACCAAAGUAUUUGACAACCAAGCGGAAUCCUGUUACUUGCUGGGAAAACUGGAAGGCAUCCUGAGUAGAUCUAUCCAAGAAAAGACUGAAACUUACUCCUUCUUGAUCCCUCUAGUUCGAACUCUUAUUUCCAAAAUAUAUGACCUUCUGUUCAUGAACUUACACUUGCCUUCCUUGCCUUCUACUAAUGGAAGCCCUUCCUUUUUUGAGGAUUUCCAGGACUAUUGUAGAACUGAUGAAUGGCAAGCUUACAUUGACAAAUAUAUUAUCCCUAAUAUGAAGCAGUACGAGCUCAGCAUUUUCAGUGAUGGCCAUGAACGUAUGGCACUAUAUUGGAAGGAUUGCUUUGAGGCAUUAAUGGUCAACAUCCAUAAACGUGAACGGGAGAGAGGAGAAAGCAAGCUCAAAUUUCAGGAAUUUUUUGUAGAGCCAUUUAACCGGAGGGCACGGCAGGAGAACAUGCGUUACAAUGGAAUGCUAAAACAGUUAAAUAAUCAGCACACAACAACUCUGAGACAGUGGAGAGCUGCCAAACUUUACCUUACCUGUGAACAAGGCCCUUGGGCUGAAAGGAAGCCGAAUCUCAUUCACUGGAAACUUUCAAAUGUGGAAAAUUAUUCACGAAUGAGGCUAAAAUUAGUGCAAAAUUACAAUUUCAACUCUCACCAGGAGGCCAGUGCCCUGAGGGAUAAUCUAGGAGUAUUACAGAUGCCACCAUCAAGGGAAGCUUUGCUUCUGGAGGCAGUGAAGCAAGUAAAAGUCAGUGAUAUGGAAGAUGAUAUACUUGAACUACCAGAUGAAGAUCCAACAUCCAGUACAAAUACGGAUGAAAAGGAAGAGCAGGGUCAAAAAGAAAAACUUGUGCUCUCAGAAGACUGUGAACUUAUUACAAUAAUGAAUAUAAUAUGUGGCAGGCUGGAGGUCACUACACAACACAUUUACUUUUAUGAUGGCAGCAUUGAAAAAGAAGGUAUAGGUUUUGAUUUUAAAUGGCCUCUUUCUCAAAUUCGAGAGAUUCACUUGCGCCGUUAUAAUCUGAGGAGGUCAGCUUUGGAGAUCUUCUUUAUUGACCAGACUAAUUAUUUCCUUAAUUUUAAAAAGGAGGCAAGAAACAGAAUAUAUAGCCGAAUUCUGUCUCUGUGUUCUCAAAAUAUUAGUGGGACCAGAUCUCCCCAAGAAUUAUUCAAAACUUCUGGAUUGACUCAGAAAUGGGUGAACAGGGAAAUAUCCAAUUUUGAUUACCUCAUUCAGUUAAAUACUAUGGCAGGACGAACCUACAAUGAUCUUGCACAAUAUCCUGUUUUUCCAUGGAUCCUGCAGGAUUAUACUUCAGAAGAAUUGGAUUUGAAUAAUCCUGCAGUAUUUCGGGAUUUGUCUAAACCUGUUGGUGUAGUGAAUGAAAAGAAUGUGAGAGCUGUAAAGGAAAGGUAUGAUAACUUUGAAGACCCCCUUGGAAUUAUUGACAAGUUUCACUAUGGGACUCACUACUCCAAUGCAGCUGGGGUCAUGCAUUACCUCAUUCGGGUUGAACCUUUUACCACUUUGCAUAUCCAGCUUCAAAGUGGGAGAUUUGACUGUGCGGAUCGACAGUUCCAUUCCAUUCAUUCUACUUGGCAAGCUCUCAUGGAGAAUCCAAAUGAUGUGAAGGAGUUAAUCCCAGAAUUUUUCUACUUGCCAGAGUUCUUAGAGAAUCAAAAUCAUUUCAAUUUUGGUCAGCUCCAGAUUUCAAAAGAAGAGAUAAAUGAUGUUGUCCUUCCAAAAUGGGCAGAUUCUCCAGAAGACUUCAUUUUCAAACAUAGGAAAGCAUUGGAAUCAGAAUAUGUCUCUGCUCAUCUCCAUGAAUGGAUAGAUCUGAUUUUUGGCUAUAAACAAAGGGGGCCAGCUGCAGUGGAAGCUCUGAAUGUCUUCUACUACUGUACCUAUGAAGGAGCUGUAGACCUGGAUGCCUUAACUGAUGAGAAAGAAAGAAAAGCCUUAGAAGGGAUGAUUAACAACUUUGGACAAACACCUUGCCAACUAUUGAAGGAGCCCCAUCCAGCAAGAUUAUCUGUGGAGGAAGUGCUGCAGAAACAGACCAAAAAUGAAAAUUCCACCCUCAAUCUGUUUCAGCAUCUCUCUGAACUAAAAUCCUUCUUUAUUGAGGGAAUCAGUGAUGGAAUCCCCAUUGUUAAGGCCAUUGUUCCCAGGAACCAAUACCGGUCUUUCAUGUCACAGGGAAGUCCAGAACUUUUGGUAACAGUGAAUCUCAACUUUAUCAUUGGAACUCAUGGAUGGCUACCUUAUGACCGAAAUAUUUCCAAUUAUUUCACUUUCCUUAAAGAUCAAACAGUGACAAAUCCCAAAACACAACGAAACAUCAGUGGUCCUUUUGCACCAGGAUUAGAAAUUAUUUCAAAGUUGUUUGUAAUGUCCCAUGAUGCAAAGUUGCUUUUCAGUGGAGGGCAUUGGGACAAUAGCAUUCGUGUGACAUCUCUCACCAAGGGAAAAAUGAUGGCCCAGCAUAUUCGGCACAUGGACAUUGUGACAUGCUUAGCCAUGGAUUUCUGUGGGAUCCAUUUAAUUUCAGGCUCAAGGGACACCACUUGUAUGGUGUGGCAAAUAGUUCAGCAGGGAGGAGUACCAAUAGGAUUGGCUCCUAAACCUUUGCAGAUUCUCUAUGGACAUACCAAUGAAGUGUCUUCAGUUGGCAUCAGUACAGAACUGGACAUGGCAGUGUCAGGUGCCAGGGAUGGAACUGUGAUUGUCCACACAAUUCAGAAGGGGCAACAUAUGAGGACUCUAAGGCCACCUUGUGAGAGUUCUCUCCAGAUCAUUGUUCCUAAUCUGGCUGUAUCUUGGGAAGGACACUUAGUUGUUCAUACCAGCAUAGAAGGAAAAACAUCUCUCAAGGAUAAGAAUGCAUUGCAUCUCUACUCUGUGAAUGGGAAGUAUUUGGGCUCUGAGAGCUUGAAGGAAGAAGUGUCGGAUCUUUGUGUGACUGGAGAGUAUAUUGUAAUAGGGAGUCUACAGGGAUUUCUCUCCAUAAGAGAUCUCUACAGCCUGAGCCUUAGCUCCUCCCCUUUAGCCAUGCGGCUGCCAAUUCACUGUGUCUCUGUUACCAAAGAGUUCAGCCACAUUCUGGUGGGUCUUGAUGAUGGCAAGUUGAUUAUCAUUGGUGUUGGAAAGCCAGCAGAGAUGCGUGCUGGCCAACUCUCCCGAAAAUUGUGGGGUUCAAGCAAACGGAUCAGUCAGAUUUCAUCUGGAGAAACUGAAUAUAAUACUCAAGAUUCCAUGUGAUAUCUGCUACUAUCAUCUUUUGCGAUUCAUACAUUUAUUUAAUCUUCCAAUCAUACCUCCCAACUUUCUCAGUUAUAUUGCAACUACAGCACAAUUUCUACAGGCACAUAUGUAUAUUAGUAUACAACACUUAUUUUGUUGUGCGAAGUAGAAGCAAUAAGCUAAUUCAAUCUUUUUAAACACAUUGUGAGCAGUGGUGGGAUUCAAUUUUUUUUUACUACUGAUUCUGUGGGCAUGGCUUGGUGGGCGUGGCAGGGGAAGAAUACUGUAAAAUCUCCAGUCAGAGGGGGU